GAGUGAGCCGAGCAUGGCCUCCGUAAGCGGGCAGCUGGAGGGGCUGUACAUGGCCCACAGCCGGAAGGACAUGAACGACACCCUGACGGACGCCCUCCUGAGCGCCUGUGCCCCGGACACCGCCAUGCCCAGCAGGCUGGUGAUGGAACACGUGCUCCUGCUCAGCGUUCUCCACCACACGGUCGGGGUUGAGGUCGGUGCUCACUUUUUGGAGGCCGUGGUGAGGAGGUUUGACGCCGUCUAUAAGAACGGAGGUGAAGGGAAGGAGUGUGAGAACUUGCUCACCAUCGUCGCCCAUUUGUAUAACUUCCGCGUGGUACAGGCUUGCCUGGUCUUCGACGUUUUGAAAAAACUUAUCGGAACAUUCACAGAAAAAGAUAUUGAACUGACCCUGUUAAUGCUGAAAAACGUGGGUUUUUUGUUGAGAAGAGAUGAUGCUUUGUCACUUAAGGAACUGAUCGUGGAGGCCCAGGCCAAAGCCAGCGAGGCCAGUGGCAAGUUCCAGGACCAGACCAGGGUUCGGUUUAUGCUGGAGACCAUGUUGGCCCUGAAGAACAAUGACAUGCGUAAAAUCCCAGGCUAUGACCCCGAGCCUGUGGAGAAGCUCAGGAAGCUACAGAGAGCGUUGGUACAGAGCGCUAGCUCCGACACGGACACUCGGCUCCGCAUCUCCUGGGAUGGCAUCCUGAGCGCCGAGCAGACCGGGCGCUGGUGGAUCGUGGGGUCCGCGUGGAGCGGCGCUCCUAUGAUUGACAACAGUCAGCAGAAGGUCCUGGAGAAGCAGCCCUCGGGGACGGUUAGCGGGAAGAUACUAGAACUUGCCCGAAAGCAGAGAAUGAACACUGACGUCAGGAGAAACAUUUUCUGUACAGUAAUGACUAGUGAAGAUUUUUUGGACGCGUUUGAGAAGCUUCUGAAGUAAGCAUUAGUGCAAACAC